AUGCGGCUGCUCUGUAGCAAGAAGGCCGGACGAGAAGGUGGUGAGUGUCUGGCAGUCUCCGUUGAGAUCGCACCGGGUGGGCCUGUGGUGGAGGUGCAGGAGACCAGCAUGGCGGAAGGAUGGACCGGCUGCCGCUUCUCUCCAUCAGCCUUGUGGCUGGCCUUGAAAGUGGCGCAGCGUGGCACUGGCAUCGCUGAGCGGGCGGAAGCUGCGCGCGAGAAGCUGAGGGCCAUUGAGUUUGGAUGUGGACUUGGCCUUGCAGGCUUGGCAGCGCGUGCUGCUGGAUACCACACUACACUUACGGACUGCUUGCCAGGCCACUUAAAGAAUCUGACGGCGCACGCUGCCAAGUUGAUGGCAAAAGCUCCGGACCAGGCGAGUUCGCCUGAUCUUCAUGUGCGCUUCCUGGACUGGAUCUCGGAUGUUGGGACAAAUCCUGCAGCGUGGAGCAUCGACUCGGGAUCACCAGAAAACGUGGCGGCCAGCUCGGACUGGGAACGUUUGGAUGAACUACAGCUGAAUAGUUUCGACCUGGCACUAGCGAGCGACGUUGUGUACGAGGAGCACCAUGCCAUGCUCCUGCCGAGAGUCAUGCAGCGCUGGCUAAAGCCAGGAGGCUUCUGGGCGGUUUCGCUUGCCAUUCGAGAUGCAGACAUGAGUCACCUGGCCAAGUUUUACAUGUGCAUUUUGCGCAACAGCCAGCAACAGGAGUUCGGCAGCCAGCAACGCAGGCUGUCGCUUUCUGGAGCAGCUCGACACGCUUGGGCUGAUUCACCCGGCUGA